AGCGGGGCGCACGCCCCUGGAGCCAGGCCCCGGUGGGCAGGGGCAGGGCCGGGGGGCGCGCCGAGGCUCAGCAUGGCGGAUUUCGACGAGAUCUACGAGGAGGAGGAGGACGAGGAGCGGGCCCUGGAGGAGCAGCUGCUCAAGUACUCGCCGGACCCGGUGGUGGUCCGCGGCUCGGGUCACGUCACCGUAUUUGGAUUGAGCAACAAAUUUGAAUCAGAAUUCCCUUCUUCAUUAACUGGAAAAGUAGCUCCUGAAGAAUUUAAAGCCAGCAUCAACAGAGUGAACAGCUGUCUUAAGAAGAGCCUUCCUGUCAACGUGCGCUGGCUGCUUUGCGGCUGCCUCUGCUGCUGCUGCACACUCGGCUGCAGCAUGUGGCCGGUCAUCUGCCUCAGUAAGAGAACACGAAGAUCGAUUGAGAAGUUAUUAGAAUGGGAAAACAAUAGGUUAUACCACAAGCUGUGCUUGCACUGGAGACUGAGCAAAAGGAAAUGUGAAACGAAUAACAUGAUGGAAUAUGUCAUCCUCAUAGAAUUUUUACCAAAGACACCGAUUUUUCGACCAGAUUAGCAUUGACUGUGUUACAGACUUUGCAGUGCGCUGUCUUCCCAAUGGUGCCUUGCUUGGUGCUCUCCUGGUGGUGACAUUACGUGGGCUCUGCAGAAGAGAGUGGCGUCCUGUUCUGUUAUUUUAAUAACCGCAUGUUCUAAGUGUGCAUUUUUGUCAAACUUUGCAAGUUAUUUCAUACAGAUGUUUAAUACUUAAGUUAUUGUGCCCUUUUCUGUUAUGUGUUCUGAUUUUCGAGGAUUACUUUUUUGUAUUCUCAAAAAAAUACAUUUGAACUUAGCAUAAAAAGUGGCCAGCCUUUUUUAUUUUAUCACCAAGGUACGCACAAUUCCUUGCUGAUGAAUUCCUUGCCGUGGAAGGACACCUUUGUAAAGCUCUACUCAUCUGUUGGAGCAAGCACACUGUUUCAUUUUUUUCCUUUACACUUAGCCGAGUCUUUACUUUUAGGUUGCACGUGUUCUUUAACAACCUGUGGGACCUGACGUAACCCUUCUCACACAACUCGCAGAGCUCUGCCUGUGCCGGCCGAAGGCCCACCUGCCUCCCAAGGUAGUCGGCAGAAAACCGGUUUCUGUUAGAGUAGACAAGUCAGUGGGUGAUAUGCAUGCAUCUAGUGGUUAUAGAGCUCAGGGCCACAGAACAGAGUAGCAGCCCAAUCUGUGUAUUUCUACCAAAUGAUAUUAAUAAUGGCCUUUCUUGGGUUAUUUUUAUUGUUUGUCAAAUCUUAUAUAAAAAUACGGAAGUAUUCCUUUUAAACAUUUCUAAGAAAAAUAUUUCUCCCGGUCUAAUGUCACUGUAGAAUAUUUGUGAAGACCUUCUGAAAGCAGGCCGAGGUUCUAGGGUUCAGAGCAGGCUGGUGUCUGACACCGUGCUGAGCCCGAGAAGGAUCGAGGCCAAGAGGUGGACGCGGUGUCCGGGACCGUUGCGUCCACGUGUUUUCCCAGGGCAGUCAGUUCCUGUUCCUUUACGUGGUUGAGAACGUGACAGGCGCAGUUGAGUCAGAUGGGCGUGUCUUCCACACCCUUGUCCGUACACAGAUCCCCCCUUUGGCAAUACAUAGCUCCAUGCAUUUUAAAUGCUUUCAGGAUUGCUGAAUGACUUAUGUGUAAACUUUUGUUUUUAUAAGCCUGAAAUUAUGCAAGUUUUCAUGUGUGUCAACAACUUGUUCCAUGCAACUGUGGUAUCAAGCAAUAAUGUGAAUAACUUUUGAAAUUAUAUAAACUUUGCUUAGUAAUUUGUAUUAAGAAUUGGUACCACCAUAUAAUACCUUUUUUCUUUGUAUUAAAUCUUUUAAAUACCAAUUUGAUUAAUUUAUAUAUCUGUAUUUUUUUUAAAAGUAUUUCUUUGUACUUCUCCAGAGUACUGUGCUUCUAUAUCUAAAUCUGAAUAGUUAAAUGCCCAGCAUCUUAUAGGAGCGACCUCAGGAGCUGUCUUAAAAACUAGGAUUUUCAAACAAAGGGUUUUUGGCUGAGAGUUAGGUGUUUCUGUUGCUCCUUAAAUAAUAGCUUGAAUUUAUAGGACGCGUGACCUGUGAAGAGCUGCAAGUGCCAAGAAUCCAGAUUCUCUGUUGGGCCCAGCCUUGUCCCCCGCCUUGCAAUGGUGUGGCUGGCAGCGGGCUCCCGUACUGCACCCCGGUUCCCCAGGGCUGCCGUGACUCGACCUCUGACUCCACAUAGUGCAGAAUCUGCUUUCAGACGGGCCGUGACCGUGUGACUGUGCAACGCAGUGUUCCCUUGUGGGAUCGUGUAGGUCCGUGGGCUGACCAACUUUGUAAAAGGAACUUACUGUUUAGACUUUGGUUUUGGUCCUAUUAUUGUUCUGUCAGUCAUAAUUUUGAAAAUUAUUAUAUUCCUGUAAGUAUAUUUUACAGUAAGAUCAUUUUCAUAGCUGGUGGUAUUUGAAGUAUAAGAUUUUUUAAAAACUUUUUAUUGAGCACUGUGUUAGUUGCGUGAAGACUUCCUUGUCCAGCCAGUGUGUAUAGAAAAGAACAGAACGCUCACGGGUGGCACCCCCGCCACUGAUUUGCCUUCAGCGGUUGGAUCUCCGUGCUUGGGUUUUCCUUAGUGAUUCAGUGGGACUCUGGCUUGCGAGCUUAAUGUCCAUGACCCUGGACAUUGUUACAUGAUGACCGUCCAAGGAAGGGUUUGAAAUGCCUGUUGUGCACCUGGCUUCUGACUUGGGACCUGAGCCAUACGAUGGUGUUUUACAGCUGUUGCAGCAGAUCCAGUGUAGAGCUUUUGCUUCCAUAGGCCAAGGAUUGUUUUUUUAAUGUACCAUUGGUAUUUUAUAAUCAGGCAAGACUCCUGAGUAUAAGCAUUCUUUUCUCAAAUAAUAGACUUUCCAAACCCUAUUAUACGCAGGAUCUUCAAAAAGUCCUAGGAAAGCAUGUAUUAUGAGAAAAAAACUAUGCAUGAUUUAAAAACACUUUUGCACCAAAAUAGCUUAUGUUCUAAUUGCAUCUUUCCACAAACCUUUUUAAAGCCCUCUUCUAUUUUAACAUAUGACGUUGGAGAUCUUGGCUAGCGUGGAUGCCCCAGAGCCCAGCAGCUCUAGUCAAACUUGAUGUGACACAGUUGGCCCCUCCCUCCCCAGGGCCUCGCCCUCAUCCAUCCACGUGGCCAUCACGUGUUUGUUAGGACUCUCAAGGACUAGGUUUCAUUCGUAUAAAAAAAUGGACAUGUAAUUUUGGCCUAAAGUCAACAAAAUUAAUUCAAUAAAACCUUGAAUAAAAGUAAACAGUGAUUUUCCUUUUCUUAUUAGAAUAAAAUUUGUCCUAUAAGUGAAUAAUUUCCAGCCAGGAGAGCCCACCGUGAUUGUGUUUUCAGUGGUAUUUGCAGAGAGCUUCUCCUGAUGGUUUUUGUGUGUUGGCACACACAUGUGGAGCACACACCUCUGUCAGCAUUGCACAGCAGCCUUUGUGCAGGAGUGAUACCAGGGAGUGAGCGUGUGAGUUCAGACUCCACUCGUUCUGUGUUGAUACAUCAUGGCCAGACUGUCGGGGCUCAUAGUAUUUGAUGUCACAGUUGCAACCUGACAGUAAGUAGGUGUUUUGGUUUGCUGCUGGUCAGUAGUCCUGAGUCCAUCUCAAGCACCCUGUGUCCACACUGUCAGUGACUAGACUGCAGCAUCCAACCCGGAUGCUCCUCUCCGCCCUCCUGGCCCCUGUGUGGUCUCCUGGACUCCAGCAAGCCUGAGCUCAGCAGGGCCUCUGUCUUCCUUGCAGGCCCCUCGCCCUGCUGAGAGCAGCUUGCAUGUGGGUUGGGUUUCGCUUGUCUGGGUCCAGGCACCCCGCACACACGGCCGCCUCCUGGGAUGCUCCCGGGCCACCCUUUUGUCUAAUUGAGGGAAUGAAAAACAGGCCUAAACCAAGCUGCUUUAUGGCCCCUAACAGUUUGUGCUUAAAGGGAAAAAAGAUUCAUUUUUUGUUGAUGUAGCAGCCAAAUUUAUGGUUCUGUAAGUUUUUUAAAUUCUCAAUUAUCUUGUUUUACAGCAUUACAGAGAUUCAGAGAAAUCAAGUAUUGUUUAUGUUAUUAGUCAUAUAUCCUAACACAUAAUACUGAAAACAAAGAUGUAGGAUGCUACUUUUGAUUUUCUGAAUUCCUUUCUGGUGUCCUACAAAAUCAUGAACUUACUUGGUCUGUCUGCUAUUCAUUUCCACAACAAGAAUAUUCUAUGACCGACCUCAUAGCGUAAACUCAUGAAACAAUGUUUUUCAAUCAUUUUUAUCUUCUGGUUAUUUAUUCAGUAUUUUAUGAAAGUAAGCAGCUGAUGCUUGUGAGUAAUUUUGCAUUAAGAAUGCAUCCCCUAAACAUUCUUGUGUGUUGAAGAGCCCCGCCAACAUUAGAUAAGACAGUUGAGAAGAGCUCCUGCAAGACCUUUGGAAAUAUGCUGCAGGUGAGAAAAACUGAGCAAAAGCCUGCUUUUUUAAUCCCUGUGCUUUUAAAAACUCUUUGAGAGUUAACUGCUAUUUUCUCUUUCGAAAAAUAAAGUGUAUAGUUUUAUGUCGGAGCUGUUUAGAUGAGCUGACCGCAUGGGGCAAGCAGCUUACCCAGGACUUGUGUUGCUGCUGCCCUUUGCUGUUCUGAUGUCCGCCAGCCUUCAGAAGGAGAUGGGGAUGGCUCGGGGAUUUCUCUGCAAACAGCUGAACUACGUUCCCAUUCAUGUCUCCUCCUGCUGUGUAAUUCAGCAGACCUGGUUCUCAUUCUUUUUGUUGACAUAAAACUGGAGCUCUAGAAUGUUCCAGGAGGGUCUUCACCUGCAUGAUAAACCUUUUGCACUAAAGUGAAGGUCUCCUCCUAGCAGCUUCUUAGAGAAUUAUAAUCCUGCUCAUUUGCUAGGAAGGCUUUGUAAACAGGUAUGUGUUUUCACUUAGCAGCGUCUCUUUUCCUUCUGUUUUCCAUUGUGGAAGCUGUUAACAUUUGCCCCCUCAGGAGGGUGAAGUGGAAGGAAAGAGGACCGGGUCGGAGGCGGGCUGGGAGACACCCUGCCUGAGAGGGUACGUGGGUGCUUGUCUGUCACGCUGGAAGGUGUUUUUCAGAGCAUGAAAGAAAAAGCCUUAGUGGGGAGCUGCCUUGGAGAGAAUACUCAUAUCCAUCUUUCAUAACUGCCAUCUGGUGGGGCAGGAGCGCUUGGCCACGGGUUCCAGAGACUGUCCUUCGUUUGAGUUUUCACAUGACAUUCCCCAAGGGUGAGUGAGCAUGCAGAACAAAGCAGGAUAUUAACUGCCUUCAAAUCAUUGUGGUAGUGUUCAGGUAAGUCUAGUAACUUGUUAAUUGAAGUUAAAGUAUCAGGUUGAAUUUCUAGGCAUGCAUUACACUUUACAGUCAAUAUUAACAAACCUGGUCUUUUUAGAGAGAGGUUGUUGUUGAUAGAAAAUUGUUGGAUUGUUCCAGCUGAGGAGGGUCCUGGGUUGGUGUUACCAUUACCGCUGAGGAGACUGGCUUGUGGUCUUGGGUUAGUGUUACCGUAUGGUUAGUCGUAGGAUGUUAAAUCUGUGUUGACUAGUUAACAAAUGGAGUGCUAACUUGUGUUAAGGGAUUUUUUUUUUUUUACUUUCUGUUUGUUUUGGCCAGUUGGGUGUUAUUUUUAAAUGGGCUUAUUGUAACAUGUGAUUGCAACAGUAAUGCCAUGCCUGUAACUGAAAUAUGGCUAAUUUAUACCAUUUGGUCUUUAAGAACUCACAUAAAAAUUGAAGUGUUAAGCACCUUUAGGUGGAGUUGGGAAGGGGAGCCUGGGACAUCACACCAGUGCACACUGACCCAGCGCAGCGGAUGUGGAAAUCAAAUGACUACAUGCACACCCUUGGGGAGAUGUGACCUGCACAGAUGGCUGGUGACAAAAUGAUUGCUCUGAAAUUAUUAUUUCAGUGGGGACUGUGUGCAGUGAAGUUAAAUAAAAUAUGUGAUUAUAACAUGGUUAGGAAAAAAGCAUAGAAGUGCAACUUUAUUAUUUUUCACAAAAGAUUUUGAUUCUCCCACAUUUUAAGAUAGCUGCAGCUUUUAAACAGGAUUCUCAAAUAUCUGAAGUAAGUUUCUCAGGUUUCUGGAAGUAGUUCUCUACUCUUGUAAAUACAAACAUUCAGCAGUAUCUAAACUUGUGUGUUGCCUUGUAGUGUCAGGGAACUGUCACCAUUCAUUUUUUACUCUUUGACUCCGCUGGGCCAGAUCCCAGUGUAAAUCUUCACAGAGUAAUU